ACAGCAAGCAAUGGGUCAGGUAGCCGGCGGUAUCGCCGGUAUGGCGGCGGUGGUGCCGAUUCUCCUGCAGCUGGUCUCCUCCUACCCCAGCUUGGUCCAUGCCGAAGCUUCCGUGCUCGGUCGGAAGGCCGGCGCCGUGGACGGCGAUCCUGCGGCGGCGAACGCGCCGCCAGCUGCUGGGCUGGAGAGGUGGCCGGGGAGGUACGCCGUCAUCUUCGACGCCGGCAGCACCGGGAGCCGGGUGCACAUCUUCAAGUUCAACAGGAUAAUGGACCUCGUCCCGGUGCACGGAGAGAUCGAAGUCUUCGCCAACGUGAAGCCCGGGCUGAGCUCGUAUGCUGGACGACCCCAGGAGGCUGCCAACUCCUUGUCGCCUCUUCUUGACAAGGCCAAGAGCGUUGUCCCUGGGUGGCUUAUGAAAAGAACCCCUCUCAAGCUAGGAGCGACCGCUGGAUUGAGACUAAUCGGAGAUAAGCGAGCAGAGAAAAUUCUUGAAGCGGUCAGAGAUCUUGUCCACACGAAAAGCAAAUUUCAGUACAACCCCAAAUGGAUCAAUGUUCUCUCGGGAACUCAAGAAGGAUCCUACCUAUGGGUUGCUCUGAACUAUCUUUUGGAUAAACUAGGAGGAGACUACUCCCAGACAGUUGGUGUGGUCGAUUUGGGAGGUGGAUCGGUGCAGAUGGCCUAUGCUAUCUCGGCAAAUGCUGCUGCAAACGCUCCAGCAGUACCUGAAGGAAAGUCUCCCUACGUUACAAAAGAGUACCUCAAAGGAAAAGAUUACAAUCUUUAUGUUCACAGUUACCUGCGCUACGGUGGUGUUGCAUCACGUGUACAGAUUUUGAAGGCGAAGAAUGGGCCAAUCAGUUUCUGCAUUCUUCGUGGAUUUAGUGGUAAGUACACCUAUCAUGGGGAGCAGUAUGAUGCAGCUGCCGCACCAGAAGGGGCAGUUUACGAGAAGUGUAGAGAAGAGAUAGCCGAGGCAUUGAAGCUGAAUGCUUCGUGCAAUGCAAAGAACUGCACAUUCGAUGGCGUGUGGAACGGGGGAGGAGGAGCUGGCCAGGACAACCUCUACGCGACAUCGGGCUUCUACUACCUUGCAGCAGAUGUUGGGUUCAUAGACAGCAAAGCUCCUAGUGCCGAGGCCACUCCUGCCAUGUUCAAAGCUGCUGCAGAGAAGGCAUGCCGAUUGUGCGUCAAGGAAGCAAAAGUUGCUUACCCGAAUGUUUCUGAUACUGAUUUGCCAUAUACAUGCAUGGAUCUAACAUACCAGUAUACUUUGCUCGUUGACGGAUUCGGUGUGCAUCCAAUGAAGAGGAUCACAUUGGUGUCCAAGGUGAAGCACGGUCAGUACUACAUUGGAGCCACAUGGCCUCUGGGUAGUGCUAUUGAGGCCCUGUCACCCAAAAAGAAGAUCCAAGACCAGUAGUGUAUUUGCAUUGGCACUCUACUGAGGCUAGCUUGGUCAUUCUACGUGUCACCCUAUGGAGCUAGCACUCUUAUCUAAUAAUACCUCAAUCCCAGAAUAAUUCAUGUAGCAUUGCAUGACAAUGCCUAUACAAAUUGGGCGUUACCUUGUAGUGUUAUGUACUGAAUUCGAAAAGCUAAUAAAGUAAACCUUGCACGGUUCC